AUGAUUGUUCAUUUUGGUAUUCCUCAUGCUGGCCCCAAAUUAAAUGGCAAGAACUGCCUUAAACUUUUACUUGCAGCCCAUGCCUCAACGGGGCUACAGAUGGAACCGGAACGGCUUGGCAGCCGUGUCAAGCCAGACCUGUGGUUGCUUGGCACGAGGCCUCAAAGGUGGGUCCGAGCAAAGUUGUUGCGCGUCCUGACUGACUUACUUCAAGUUGCGAUUUAA